UCUCUCUCUCUCUGCUUCUAACUCCUCCAUGGCAUCUCGACUUGUCUUCUCCGUGUGCUGGUUCGUCCUCCUCCUCCUCCUCCUCUCUUCUGUCUGUGGCGGUAGACGCCUCCGAGGAGAGUCGACGGCGCUCACGCUCGAAUCGGUGAGGAAGUUCUUGACGAGAGAGGAGGAUAGCAUAGUGUUCAGCCUCAUCGAGAGGGCCAAGUAUCCAUGCAACGCCCCUGCUUAUGAUCCUUCUUACUUGGGUCGGGCCACCAAAUUCCAUGCCCUGUCCCUCGUCGACCUCUUCGUCAGAGAGACGGAGGCAGUGCAGGCCAAGGCUGGAAGAUAUCAAAACCCUGUGGAGAUCCCCUUUUUCCCAAAGGAUAUGACGUUGCCAUCAGUGCCUCCUUACAACUUCCCAAACGAAUUGCAUGCUGCUGCUGCAUCUGUCAAUGUCAGCGACACCAUAUGGCGUAAGUACUUCGAUGAAUGGCUUCCACAAAUCACUUCGCAAGGGGACGAUGGCAACUACGCACCGACAGCAGCUGCGGAUCUCGUGUGCCUGCAGGCUCUGUCAAGAAGAAUCCAUUACGGGAGGUAUGUGGCAGAAGCGAAGUACAGAGAAGCCCCACAAGAUUACAACACUGCAAUUAGAGCUAAGGACAGGGAUGCCUUGAUGAAGUUGCUGACCUUUGAAAGCCAAGAAGACGCAGUGAAGAGAAGGGUGGAGGAGAAAGCCAAGGUGUUCGGGCAGGAUGUAACCUUGGGGAAAAGGGUGGACGACAGCAGCAACGUCACCAAUUAUAAGGUCGAUCCAAUGGUGGUUUAUAGACUCUACGGCGACUGGGUUAUUCCUAUGACAAAGAUGGUUCAGGUGGAAUACCUCCUCCGUCGCCUUGAUUGAUGCGUGCGCUGGAUUCCAUCUCAUGCUUUGGAUGCAAGCGAAAGAUACUUGAUCCGGUGAGGCUCCUCCGGAGGUUGAUUUGUUCUGUCGUGCAUCCCUUUCACAGCUCCAUUUGUUCCUGAAGAACAGCAAGCUCUUUUAGUAAUUUUCUUUACAAAGACACAGACAACUAUUAUGAAUAAAAAGUGCAUCGAUCCAAUUCA